AUGCCUGUGAUGAAGGGAUUAUUAGCUCCACAGAACACCUUUCUGGACACUAUAGCCACAAGGUUUGACGGCACACACAGCAACUUCAUCCUGGCCAAUGCCCAGGUGUCGCAAGGGUUCCCUAUCGUCUACUGCUCCGAUGGCUUCUGUGAGCUCACGAGCUUCUCCCGUGCCGAGGUCAUGCAGAAGAGCUGCGCCUGCAAGUUCCUGUACGGCCCCGAGAGCAGCGAGGGCGUCAUCCUCAGCAUCGACGACGCGCUGGAGGAACGGAAGGAGUUCAAGGACGAGAUCAUGUUUUACUCCAAGACAGGGGUGCUGUUCUGGUGUCUGCUGGACAUCGUUCCAAUUAAGAACGAGAAAGGAGACGUGGUUCUCUUCCUGGCCUCCUUUAAGGAUAUCACAGACACCAAAGGCAGAAGAUCCAUCCCAGAGGAGAAGAAAGAAGAGCGCAGGCCGGGCAAGAUAAAGACUGGCUCCCCGUUCAGUUCGGCUCGUCUGAGAAGCAGCACGGUGCUGUACCACAUCUCGGGACACCUUCACAGCAGGGAGAAGAAGAAGAGCAAAAUCAAGAUCAACAAGAAUGUGUUCGGGGACCCCCCCGCCCUGCCGGAGUACAAAGUAGCGGAUGCCAAGAAGUCCAAGUUCAUCCUGCUCCACUUCAGUACCUUCAAGGCGGGCUGGGAUUGGCUGAUCCUGCUGGCCACCUUUUAUGUCGCCGUGACGGUGCCCUACAACGUGUGUUUCAUCGGGGACGACGAUCUGACCCGCAGCACCACCGUCAGCGACAUCGCCGUGGAGAUACUCUUCAUCAUCGACAUUGUGUUCAGUUUCCGCACGACCUACGUGAGCAAGUCGGGUCAGGUGAUCUUCGAUGCACGGCUGAUCUGCAUCCACUACAUGACCACCUGGUUCAUCAUCGACCUGGUGGCCGCGCUGCCCUUUGACCUCCUCUACGCAUUCAAAGUCAGCGUGGUGUCCGUGGUGCACUUGCUGAAGACGGUGCGUCUGCUGCGCCUGCUGCGCCUGCUGCAGAAGAUGGACCGCUACUCCCAGCACAGCACGGUGGUCCUGACUCUGCUCAUGUCCAUGUUCGCCCUGCUGGCCCACUGGAUGGCCUGCAUCUGGUACGUCAUCGGCAAGAAGGAGAUGGAGGCCAACGCCUACUCCUGGGACAUCGGCUGGCUCCAUGAGCUGGGGAAGCGUCUGGAGUCUCCGUACGACGCCCUGGAGAUGGGGAACGGGACGGGGGCCAGCGGGCCCUCCCUGAGGAGCGUUUACAUCGCCUCGCUCUACUUCACCCUGUCCAGCCUCACCAGCGUGGGCUUUGGCAACGUCUCCGCCAACACCGACGCUGAGAAGAUCUUCUCCAUCUGCACCAUGCUCAUCGGAGCUUUGAUGCAUGCCCUGGUGUUUGGUAACGUGACAGCCAUCAUCCAGCGAAUGUACUCGCGCUGGUCCCAGUACCACACCCGCACCAAAGACCUCAAGGACUUCAUCCGUGUCCAUCACCUGCCCCAGAGUCUCAAACAGCGAAUGCUCGAAUACUUCCAGACCACGUGGUCUGUGAACAACGGCAUUGACUCGAACGAGCUGCUGAAGGACUUUCCUGACGAGCUGCGCUCCGACAUCACCAUGCACCUGAACAAGGAGAUCCUGGAGCUGUCGCUGUUUGCCUCAGCCAGCAGGGGGUGCCUGCGCUCGCUGUCCCUCCACAUCAAGACCACCUUCUGCGCCCCGGGGGAGUACCUGCUGAGGCAGGGAGACGCCCUGCAGGCCAUCUUCUUCGUCUGCUCCGGGUCCAUGGAGGUGCUGAAGGACGGCAUGGUGCUGGCCAUCCUGGAAGGUCAGGCUGACAUUGAUUGUGUGGAGAAAGGUAGAAGUCAACAGCGUUGUCACACCAACUCAAACCCUGUCCCUGCCACAACAACCGGAGGGAGAGGAAACGGGAUUCAAGGCUAUCCAUCCAUCAUCGAACGCACGGAGCAGGAGGAAGGUGAGGUCGUGUGUGUGUCUCCGUCACCGGAGCGCGACCGGGGGGUGGCCCCCAGGGACGGGUCCAGCUGCAAGCCCCCGGCGGGCCAGGACAAGCAGGACAGCCGAGCGGAGCAACAGAGCAGCGGGAGAUCCAAGAGGAAGAUCAAGAUCCAUCAGACAGCCCUCACCAUGCUGGACCCGUCUAACCUCAGCCCCAGGGUAGUGGAUGGUACAGAGGACAGUGAUGGAGCUGAGACCUCCCCAGCUUUCUCCUUCUCCCCCAGUCGAGGGCGUCUGGUCAGCUGUCCUGACAACACCCCAGCCCCAGCCCCAGCCUCAGCCCCAGCCCCAGCCCCAGCCUCAGCCUCAGCCUCAGCCUCAGCCACAGACAUUCUGCAGAUCAGCACUGCAGAGUUAGCAGCCAAGGCGGAGGAGACCAGGGCACGACUACAACACCUUGACCAGGAGGUGACCUCUCUGGGGAAGGAGGUAGCGGACCUGGGGCGCUUGAUGAAGGGCAUGGCCCACCUGAUGGAGUCGCUCCUGUCGACGCCCCCUCCCCCUUCAGUCUGCCCCACCCACUUCCCCCCCAGACACCCCGCCUGCCUGCCGCACCCAAGCCCCCCUCAGUCUAGCCCCUCCCCCUCUCAGACUGCGCCCCGCUGGAUGGACACGGCCAUCGCCUCUCCUGUCACGCUCGCCCAGCGGCAUCUCGAGAUACGACACGCAAACACUGACUCAGCCGUCCAGCCUAGACCACCGGAGAUCCAGCUGAGGUACUCCUGUCCCGGCCCGGCCCCGGGACCCCGCUCACCCCCCUUCCUCCCGUACAGCCCCCUCCAGCCGGCCCUGUCCUCCUCCUCCCUCACGGACACCUCCACGGAGCCCCUGUUGCCCCCCUCGCCCCUCGCCUUCCCUGGGACCCGCCUCUACAGGAUGGGGGACGCUAGCUGCAGGUCACGGGCGCACAGUCUGGAGACCCCUCCUCCACCUCCGCAGGAAAGGACACGCGGGGGCGUUUCUGCCCUCCUCCACAGCUCUGGGAGUCUGCCUCGACCCGGCGGGAGGUACCUGUACAGGGAUUUGUAGCAGACUGUUGUGGAGCGGACUCUAUUGUGGACUCAUGUGGACUAAUGGGUGGCCUGGCUAAGUAUCUGUAGACAGCUACAGACUGGACAGAUAACCAGGUUCCAGUAUCAGCAGUGUAACUGUGACAGGAACGAACAGAGAUCUUCUAUAGCAACUUCUCAUUUCCUUUGGUUUCCAAGGCACGUUUUUUUUAUAUAUAAAACAAUAUAAAAUAGCAUGGGGGAAAGUAAAAGAUGCUGCAGCACUCUUUCAGGUGCUGUAGUAAUGUUAGAUUUACAUUGUAGAGAUGUUAGGAUAUAUCGGGUUGUACUGUAGAUGCACGAUGGGUAGCAGAAUGAUGGUGGCUAUGACCCCCACCCCGCCACCCCCCCCACUACCUCCUUCUCCCCCAGGCCCAUAGGAGAAGAACAGCAGGACGACGGCGUUAUUGAGGACAGUGGGAUUGAAGGAGAGUAGAGCUGGGCUGGAGGAGAAAAGGAUGGAGGAGGUGGAGGGGGUUCUUUCCUGCUCCUUGCCCACGGCUCGUUUCAGGUUGGCUGGGUU